AUGCAGUACACCAGCCCGUACAGCAACCCUGCUGGCGCACCCCGACUGCGACAGCGACAACGCCGCCAGCGCUCCUCGAUCGCCCUCUUCGUCGAGGAUCCGGUCCAGGGCACCUCGACCCUCCUCACCUUCCUGCGCCGCAAGGCCGGCUCCUUCUUCUCCCUGGGCGUCGGCAUCCUCGUCGGCCUCUUCCUCGCGAGCUUGAUCAGCGGCAGUCAGCCUGCGGCCGCACCCUGGAAGGGCUCGGCCGUCGUCGAGACGUGGACGCAGCGUCAAGGGACGCACCGCAGCACCAUCUCGCUCCCGACGAUUGAGCAGCGCGAGCGCGUGUUCCGCACCCUGUCGACCCUCACGGGCUACCACACGCGGUACUGCCUGCGCAACGCCCAAAAGUCGUACCGCCGCCAGGUGUACGAGCGGUACGAGCCGCUCGUCGGGUUCGAGCAGCACCACAAGCGCAAGGGCCUGCGCGGCCACCUGCAGCGCAUCGUGCCCAAGGUCGCCCGUCGCGGCAUCUUUGCCGACAGCUCGGACGAGCGCACCGAGGUCGAGCAGAUCUUCUCGCACUCGCGCCACGGCGCCGACGGCAAGUCGUCGCUCGCGACGAGCUACGACGGCCACAAGUACUUCUUCGCCAUCAACCUGUACAACUCGUUUGACGUCAUCCCCGACCUCUUCUCCAACAUGUUCAAGGUGUCGGCCAUCCUCGGCUUCCAGAACGUCUUCGUCUCCGUGUACGAGAACGGCUCCAAGGACCAGACCAAGGCGCUCCUGCGCCUGUUUGACGCCCUCGGGCGCGCUGUCGGGCUCCGGGUCGUCAUCCGCACCUCGCUCCGCACCCGUGGCGCGUUCAACCACCGCAUCGAGUACCUCGCCGAGGUGCGCAACGCCGCGCUCGCGCCCCUGUGGGAGCUGCGCGAGACCGAGGGUGAGGUGUUCGACUCGAUCAUCUUCAUGAACGACGUCCUGCCCUGUGUCGACGACCUCCUCGAGCUCGUGUGGCAGAGCCGUCGCCAGAACGCCGGCAUCACGUGCGGGUCCGACUACAUCUUCCACGAGGAGGUCGGCCAGCCCGUCUUCUACGACAACUGGGUCGCCCGCGACAUGAACGGGACCGCCCUCGAGAACGCGCCGUUCGAGGCCGUCUUCCGCGACAUGGAGUCGUCGCACCGGUUCCAGCGUCACCUGCCCGUCCAGGUCCAGUCGUGCUGGAACGGCAUCUCGGUCCUCGACCCGGCCCCGUUCUACGCCCACCCUCACGUCAAGUUCCGCAUGGCCAAGCUCAGCGCCGGCGAGUGCUCGGCGUCCGAGUGUAGUCUUAUCUGCAACGACUAUUGGAACGCGGGCUACGGGCGGAUCAUCAUGAUCCCGCGCGUCAAGCUCGCGUACGACAAGCAAGUGUGGGACAUCGUCCACCCCGAGCGCCGCAACCUCACCUACAUUCGCGGCUACACUCGGCUCGGCGGCAACCCGGACGACCCGCACUCGGACCCGCAGGACCGCAGCUGGUACGGCCCGCACGACCGCCUGUUCCGCCAAGAAGAGAGCGAGGCGAUCAACUUCCGGCAGCCGCCACCAUACGUGUGGUGCUGGGGCUGGGACGGCGCAGGAGACCUCGAGGGCCCCGACGUCGAGCCUGUGUGGGAGAAGAUGCCCAACAUGACGUUCGACCCUGUCGUUGUUCGCCACGACCGCUCCUUUACCGACCUCUGAGCGACAUGUGCGGCGGACGGUGCAGGAGGAGGCGAGCAGAGGGCGAUCGAGACGAGGAGGAGGUUCGAGCGCGAGGACGAGGGCGGCGCAGCAGUUUUCCAUCACACGCAUCAAGACGACUCUCUUCCUCACCUACAUCCUCUUGGUAUCCCCCUCGUCGACCUCUCGACUUGCCCCUGUCCCUGGCGCCGUCGUCGUCGCCCUCGAGUCGACCUCCUCGCGCACCCCUCUUCAUGCGACCUUUUGGUUCCUUUCCAUCCUUGCUUGUACAGUAGUCGUGCGCCGCGGCGUUGUGCAUUAUACCCCUCGUUCUGCCUCUCU